AUGAUUCUAACUACAGUACCUUUUGCUCCCCCCCAGCUCAUAAAGACGGUGGAUCUGGACCCUGGUUCUAACUACAUCUUUGGGUUCCACCCCCAUGGUGUUCUGGUGGCGGGGGGUUUUGGGAACUUCUGUACGGAGGCGUCAGGGUUCUCCUCGCUGUUCCCCGGGCUGACCCCCUACCUCCUGAUGCUGCCAUUCUGGUUCAGAGUACCCUUCUUUAGGGACUACAUCAUGUGUGGAGGUCUGGUAUCCAGUGAGAAAGCCAGCCUGUCCUACCUGCUCUCAGCUCCUAGAGGAGGUAAUGUGGCGGUGGUGGCUAUAGGGGGCGCUCCAGAGGCUCUAGACGCCCGACCAGGAGCUCUCACCCUUCAGAUUCUACACCGCAAGGGAUUCAUCAAACUGGCACUAAAACACGGGGCCCAGCUAGUACCUGUGUUCUCCUUUGGAGAGAAUGAGCUCUUCGACCAGAUGACCAACCCUGCCGGUUCGCCGCUCCGCUGGCUCCAGGACCACUUGCAAAGGCUCAUGGGAGUUGCGCUGCCAAUGUUCACUGGACGAGGAGUGUUCCAAUACAGCUUCGGUCUACUGCCCUACAGAGAGCCCAUACACACUGUUGUGGGUAGGCCUAUUCCAGUGGUCCAGACCCCCUCUCCCACUAAAGAUGAUAUAGACUGUCUCCAUUCUCUCUACCUGGAGGGCCUCACUACGGUGUUUGAAGACAACAAGGACAACUACGGCAUUGCACCAGACAAACACCUCCACUUCAUCUAGAUAUGUGCAUCCACACCUGUAAUCAGCAGGAAAAGAAGCUUUACAGACAAAUCCAAAGCUGUUGCAACACCUUCUAGGUCAGAGUUCUAGCUGAAGGUUAGAAGGAUCCUGUGGCGUUAUGUAGGGUUCUGUGGAGUUGAUGUAGGGUUCUCAAGGGUCCUGUCUGGUUCUAGAGGGUCCUGUCUGGUUCUGUAGGGUCUUGGAGGGUCAUCUGUAGGGUUCUAGAGGGUCAUCUGUAGGGUUCUAGAGGGUCAUCUGUAGGGUUCUAGAGGGUCAUCUGUAGGGUUCUAGAGGGUCAUCUGUAGGGUUCUAGAGGGUCAUCUGUAGGGUUCUAGAGGGUCAUCUGUAGGGUUCUAGAGGGUCAUCUGUAGGGUUCUAGAGGGUCAUCUGUAGGGUUCUAGAGGGUCAUCUGUAGGGUUAGUACCAAGAUGGUGGGCAGUAAGACGUGUUUGUUUUUGUCCCAUGUAAAUAUUGUUAUAUAUUUUGUUGUAUACAUUUCAUUAUAUUUCAAUCUAUUUUUUUUCUCCAUUUUCUAAUUAAAUAAACUUCCUGCAACCUGC